AUGGCACAUAUGAAAAAUGUUUGGUUUCAGAAUCGCCGAGCAAAAUGGCGAAAACGUGAACGAUUUGGUCAGCUACAGACGAUGCGAGCCAUGGCUACAGCGGCUACCCAUGGGUACGACAUGCAACUCGGACCCCGACACGACGCUUACUCUCAGAUGCAACAUAAUCCGUGGGCUCAGAAUGGACCAGCUCAGUAUCCCAUGACAACCAUGCCAGGAAUGGGGAGCUCCUGUAUGGCCGGACAGAAUGAUUUACCAAACUUUAUGGGAUUAGCUCAUCAAAAUUCGCUGGCAGCCAAUCAAUUUGCAGCAAAUCAGCUAGCAGCCAAUCAAUUCGCUGCGGGUCAACUAGCAGCCAAUCAGCUUCAUAGUCAACGCUCUACAGGGGGAAUAACUCACAGUAACCAUAGCCCAAUGGCUUUUCCUAAUGCUCAAGUUGGUUUAGACGCCGGGAUGGACCCGGAGCUACGAAGUUCAAGUAUAGCAGCGCUAAGAUUAAAGGCAAGAGAACACAGUGUCUCGAUGGGACUUCUAAGUGCUUAUGGAAAAUAA